AUGGUUUCCAACUCCCUGCUGAACGAGAUCAUAGAGAUCAAGUCAGUUCUGCAAGAGAAUACGCAUGAUAUCAAGAAGUACCGGGAUGAAACUCGAAAUUUGCGAAGGGAGGUCGAACUAUCCAGGUUAGAGAAGGAGGAAUUAAUGAAGCAGAUCCACGAGCUCCGGCAGACCCUGAGGCUCAACUACAAGCCUGAUUUCCAGCAAGAAAGUGCGCACAGCCGUCUUGAAAAGAAGGAAAGACAGAUGUGCAACGAGAUCGUCAUGCUUGCAGAUGAGAAAUUGUCCAGCAGACUUCGACAUUUCGAUGCGGUCCUGGAGGAGAUGAGGAUCAACUUUAAGGAGAUUGAAGACAUGCAAUCCAAUGCGAGAGAGUUUGAGCAGAAGAAUGAGAUCUCAUAUAACUCCCUCGUCGACUCGUUGGCGUCGAGGAAAAUUUCGUUGCUGGACGAGGAGACCAAAGCGACGGUUGCGGAGCUCAAGAACAAACAGAAAGUUAUCUCCAUGGAACUGGAAGAUUUGCGAUCUGAAACAUGCAAGCUUGACCAGGAGGUGACGAUCCGAAGGCAAGAAUGCGCAGAGCUGCUCGCUUACCGCAAUGAAGACAUCAGCUUGUUGUAUGACUCCUUGCAAACCUUCGAGAAACACAUGAAACGAUCUAUCGAGCAAAUCCGCGAUCAAAAUCACUUCAUCUCCCAGCAAGGGAAACAAGAAGAUCAGCAAGACACGUCUUCGGAGCAAACUUCUUCAGCGAAUCUCUAUCAAAGAUUCAGGACGAACUGA